CAAAAAUAAACAAAUUUUCAAAUAAUUAUUAAUUUGAAAAUUUAAUACAUUUCUAGUCAGUCUGUAAAUACUUAAAUGAGAUUAAUUUAAUUUUAAAACUAGUGAUUAAUAUGAUUAUAUACCGAAAAGUGUUUAAAUAUUGUUAUUGUGAUAGAUAUUCAAAUAAUUCAAAUUUCAAUUCCUAACCUAAGAGAAGAAGUGUCAAAAUUAUAAAUAAAAACAAAGAAACAACAAUCAAAAAUGAAUAGAAAAAUAUUGACAACGUGUUAUUUAAUAUUGAAUGUAUUUUUUUCAAUAAUGAUUGUCCUUUUAAAUAAAUGGCUUUACGUUCAAAUUGAAUUUCCAAAUAUGACACUGUCAAUGAUACAUUUUGUUAUAACAUUCAUGGGAUUAAUAAUAUGUGAGAAAUUGGAUGUUUUUUGUAUAAAAAAUGUUCCUUUAAAAGAAAUGAUUUUAAUAGCAAUGUCAUUUUGUGGAUUUGUUGUAUUGACAAAUUUAAGUUUAGCGCACAAUACUGUUGGAACUUAUCAAAUUGCAAAAAUGUUGACAACACCAUGUGUUAUUUUUAUGCAAAUAAUUUUUUACAAUAAAUCAUUUUCGAUAACGGUAAUGUUGACAUUAAUACCGAUUAUCGUAGGUGUUAUUUUGAAUUUUUACUAUGAUAUUCAAUUUAAUAUAUUGGGAACUGUUUACGCUACUUUAGGCGUACUUGUGACUUCUUUAUAUCAAGUCCUGGUUAAUAGAAAACAGAGGGAAUUUCAAAUGGAUCCAAUGCAAUUGUUGUAUUAUCAGGCACCAUUGUCGGCAAUUAUGUUGUGCAUUGUUAUUCCUUUUUUCGAACCUCUGGGAAAUACUUUUACUUUUAAAUGGUCUUUUUUCGAUUUAAUAAUGGUUCUUUUAUCAGGAGUUAUUGCAUUUUUCGUGAAUCUAACAUCCUAUUGGAUAAUUGGAUAUACAUCGCCUUUAACAUACAACAUGGUGGGACAUUCCAAGUUUUGUUUGCUGCUUUUAGGAGGAUCACUCAUAUUUCAUGAAUCUCUAGCGAUUAAUCAAUUAAUGGGAAUCACAUUGACACUAGUUGGUAUUAUUUUAUAUGCUCACGUUAAGAUGAAAGACAACAAGACUUUAUUGCCGCAAUCGUCAACUGAAGAACGAAAGCCUUUACAUAAAAAAAAGCAAUUGCCAUUUUUUACACAAUCUGUAAAAGAUUGAUUUAAAUAUAUAUUAUUUUUUUAAACAA